UCUGGGGCCCGGGGGUAGCUCGGGGGCCAGGGUUUCCCUUCCCUGUCCCACAUGUGCCUGGAUCGAGGCCCUGGAGGAGCAGGUGAGGGAACUCCAGGUGGAGGUGAGCAGGCUGUGGGGGAUCAGAGCAAUUGAAGAAGAGAUGGAUGGCUACUUUAAUGCUCUGCAGGACAAAAUGCCUGGUGGAGAAGCUGUGAGGGAAUGCCCUGAAGCAGAUGCUGGUGAGUGGAGGAUGGUCACCUCCGGGGCCAGACCUCUCACUGUAGAAACAGCCCCCCCAGUGCAGUUGGGGAACAAAUAUGAGGCCCUGGCUGCACUGGAGGAGUGUGCGGUGGGGAAAAGUGCACUGGAGGAGCCUGCUGCCAUCACUGAGCGAGCUGAGGGCCAGCCAGGUAAGCAGAAGAAGAGACACUGUGUCAUCAUUGUGGGCAACUCCCUACUGAGAGGAACAGAGGGACCCAUCUGUCAUCCAGAUCCCAUGGUGUGUGAGGUUUGCUGCCUGCCCAGAGCUCGGAUUCAGGACAUCAUGGUGAUGAUCCUGGACCUCAUCCAGCCCUCUGAUCACUACCCCUUGGUCCUCAUCCAUGUGGGCACUAAUGACAUGCCUGGGAGUACUCCGGACCGCAUCAUGAGUGACUACAAGGCUCUGGGGGCCACGCUUAGGGAGAUGGGAUCACAUGUGGUUUUCUCAUCUGUUCUUCCAGUGAGCAGAUGCAGAUGGUGCCACAAGACCUGCAUCAGAGAGGUCAACUGGCAGCUUUGGAGCUGGUGUUACCAGGCAGGCUUUGGAUUCUUUGACCACAACCCACACUUCUGCGCAGAUGUAGCCCAUCCCGCCUUAGCACAUCUCUCCCCAAAAAGUGCGGCAAGCACUCCCGACGCUGAUUGAUGAUGUCAGUGUUUCUCGCCAUCUCAUCGUCUUCAUGACAACAGUUACACUGCUUUCAUUCCAAGGACCAGAAUACAGCUUCUUUCUUCUACCUCCUCUGUUGUUCUGGGACAAUCUGAUGACUACUUAGCUAUCAGUCAAUGCCUAACAAAACUAAGGUACAGCAGCACAAAAGAGACACUCUAUAUGCUGUGCAAUUUACUUUGCUAUCCCUUGAGCACCAUAUAAAGGAUCUCAGGUAGGUUAUCUUAUAUUCCCACUCUGCCAAUAUGUCAUAUUUGCCCUAGAAAUGUUGUUCUGAGAUUUACUGUUAUGGUGCUGAUGAUGAGAAAUGCAAUGUAAGCUUGGCUGUUGUGGAGUUAAGAUUGCUGAAUGGUUUCUUCUCUUUAUAAACUUUUGAAAUUC